GGCCUUAUGAGGAGCAGCUGAAGGAGCUGGGAUUGUUCAUCCAACCUUGGUGAUUCUAUGAUUCUGUAUAAGGCAUAAAUCUUCUUUUAAUUCUUAAAAUAUUUUAAAAUAUUUUCCUCUGAGCGUCCCAUGAAAAUCAGUGUUACUUUGCAGCAAUCAUCUGAAUGUUUUUGUGUAUCUUGUGUCAGUGAAGAAACUUGACCAAACAAACCCCAACAACAAAACAGAGAGAAUGGCAUCGAUCUCUAGACCUCACCGACAUGUUACAGACAAAUUCAACAAAUGAGAGCAGGCAAAAAGAAGAACGGAGCCUGAAAGAUGCUCCUGCCUCUUCAUAAAUGAAACAUCAGCCCAGAAGUAAACUUGACAGACAGUGACUUUGUAAUGCAAGAAGCGCAGAGCACAAGCAAAAAUUGUGUAACACUUUCAGAUUCUCUGAGGCUGGAUCCAGGGCUCGCAUGUCCCCUCGGUUAUCAGCAAGCCCCUUCCAUUUCAACCUGACUUCUGCGUCUAUCUGUUAUGCCUCUCUCUUUCUGAUCCCUGAAAUGAUCUCCAGCAUAUUGGCUUGAUAAAGAAUAAAGAACAAGGCUUCCGGGGGAAGAGAGAAAAAGUGUUACAGAGCAGCACUGAUAAGAUGAGUAAAUAUUACAAAAAAAGGAAGAAGAGCCAACGGAGUACAAUUUUACCCAGACCACCCCAAUGGACAGGGACACCAAGGGGAGGCCAAGGCAUCAGCUGCACCUCUAUGGAGAGAGGAGAGAUGUGAAAACAGAUAGUGUUCUCCAUGGCAACGUGACAUGGUGAGAUUUCAGCCAAGACUUGCUUUGUCUGAUGGACAACAGGUUGAUCAUGAGCCAGCAGUGUGCUCUGUGGUCGGGAAGAUCAGCAGUAACCUGGGGUGCACUAAAAAAAGGGUGGCCAGCAGGUUGAGGGAGGUGAUUCCCUCUGUUCUGCCCUGGUGUGGCCACAUCUGGAGCACUGUGUGCGCGCCAGGCUCCUUGCUGUGUUGCCCAGCAAUGGCACAAGAGGCAACAGGCACACACUGGACCACAGGGAGUUACUCUGGAACAUGAGGAAGAACUUCCCUGUGAGGGCGGCAGAGCACUGGAGGAAGCUGCCCGGAGGGGCUGCGGAGUCUCCUUCUCAGGAGAUCAUCAGCAUCUGCUUGGAUGCUUUCCUCAGCAAUCUAACCUAGGGAAUCUGCUUUAGCAGACGGUUGGGCUGGAUGAUCUCGAGAGGUCAUUUCCAGCCUCUUCAGUUCUGUGAUUCUGUGAUGUUGCACCUAAGCACCUUUGUCUGUCCCGCCUUUUGCAGAUGGACCUGGGGUCUGCCCUGGUGGUAAUCUCAUUUCAUACUGUCUUUGACUCAGCUUGCAGCUGUAACUUCAGCCUGGCUAUGGUCAAGCAAAGAAUAGGCUUGUUACUGAGCAGGUUUCUUUUUUAAGUAGAACAGCAGCUUGUCUACAGAAGGUGUAGGCCAAGUUUUAGUGUCUUCUGACGCAGCGGAUGAAGGAUUAUCUGCUGGGCCCAAAUGCUGGGCAGAGCUGACCUAAGCAAGAGGUUUAAAAUGGCGCGCAAACAGUGACAGGGGAUGCAGGUGAUCCGUAGGGCAGAGAACAGAAAUAUUAAACAGAGCAAAUUUGGGAGGAGCCUCCUGGUCAUUUAUUUUCAAGAAAGAAGCAGGCUUCAUAGGGAUGCAGAGCACAGCAAUCCUGUGCUGUGAGAAGGAAGAUCGCUGAGUCUAGCAGACAAAACCUCACACAGGUGAGGUGCCUCCCAGCAGAAGCACAACAGCCUGGGCAGUCCAGCUGCUCUCAGGCCCACUUCCAAAGCGUUCUGGCUAAGCGGGCGCACACAUCUCUCCUGCUGAGGAGUUUGGUCUACACCAUUUGAACCGGGGUCCAGAGCCAGCCCCGCCCGGGCGGGGCAGCGUGUCACAGUGGGGCCCUUUGUGACACGUCCCUGUGUCACCCAGGCAUAGCUGGCACCGACACGGCAGCCCCGCAGUGUCCGUCAGGACAGCGAGGAGACAGGGCAGCAGUGUGCGGGUCUGGCGAGGAGCCCCCCGAGCGCAGCCCACGUCGUUUUCCUCAACCCCCGGCAGCCCCGCGGCUGCCCCCUCCCCACCCUCAGCUCUCAUCCAGCAGGAUGGAGGAGAGACCCCCCAGCAGCCCCAGGGUAGCCUGGGAGGAGAGUGGGGCUCCCCGGGAGAGGAAACCUCCACCGGAGCCCUACGAAGUGACCGAGGUGCAGCCGCUGCGUGCUGAUGCUGACUGGCUGCCUGUGUAUGCAGUGGAAAAAGAGGCUGUAGAUUACAUCGAAGCCUAUGUCAACAUGGAGGAAAAGGAUCUGGUGCAGAAGAUGCAGUUCCUGAACUGCAUUUGCCUACUCUGCAGCAAUGCCAGAAGGAAACGCUUGACAGCGAGCCUGGAUAUCUUCAGCUUCCUAAACAAUCUGCCAGAGCACAUUGAGGUUCUGUUGUGCGAGGAGCCCAGGGAGCAGCUGACCACAGCACUGAGAUACCACUGCAUGAAUGCUAUUGCUGCCUUGAGCGAAGCGACGGCAAUUUCAGAGAGCGAAAUAUUACAUCUCUUAAACGUGUGCUUCAGUGUCAUCUUCAACCUUCCUCCAAAAGAAAACCUGAACAUUUGCCUCUACAACCAUACCCUGAGUGCUAUGGACAACAUGCUGUGGAUCGUGCUACACAGCCAUCCCACCUCCAGCAUCGAUAAGCAGCUGCAGAGUAUCUUUGAGGUGCUGCUGCCCUUCACCAUCUCCAAGAGAAAAACUGUGUGUGAGAGGGCCAUGGAGCGGAUCCAGAAGCUCUGCGGUUGCACAGCCAGCAGUUUCAGGCAGCAGUUAAGGAGACACGAACAUUCCAGCCAGGCACUCUCAUUCUUUGCAUCCCAGAGCUGCCUCUACAGCUCAGGGCUACCUGCAAGAAAAGCGUGUGCACAGCCACUUGGAAAGAACCUUCACCCUUCUCAGCGGACAGACAUUGUCCUUGCGACCCUUGAGAAGAUCACUGGAGACUACAGUUCUGAUGAAAAGGAGUGGGCUGAGGCUAUACUGGAUGUGGUUCGGAGAGACCCUGGAACCUGGCUGAUGGAUGUGCCAGAGAUUCUGGGGUACAUCCAGACAAACCUGAAAAUAGAGAGCACAUCAGUUCAGCAAAUCCUGUUCUCGGUGCUUGAUUUGCUGGCCAUUCAGUUUCCCAAGGAUGUGCUGAGGAGUAUGCUGACCGACCUUCCACAAACUGACAGCACUACCCUGGACAUGUGGAGCAGCGUGCUUCCCGUGCUGAAAACGUCAGAGCACAUCUUGGACGAACUGAGCAAUGUUCUCCAGGACCAGCGGUUGUGUGAGAACUGUAACGUCACCACAGCGGAGUUGAGCCUCCUUCGCUUGACUGUGAUGCAUCCCACAGAAGAGAACAUGCAGCAGCUGUGUCAGCCAGCAUGUCUCCAGAGGCUUCUGAAAAUCGAAAGCCUGCCACUUCUCUGGCUGGUGCUCACAGGCCUUGUCCUGCUGUCCGAGAGACCUGAGACGGCAGGAGUGAUACGGGCCCUGCUUCCAGAAGUCAUGGAGACCCUGCGCUUUGCCAGCACGCCCAUUACUCUGAAGGUGCUCAAUAUCUUCAGAAAUGUAAUGCGCAAUCUGGGGAAGAGGCAGGCCAGUCCCAUUGCUCUGCAGCUGGCUGAGAAGAUUCUGCCUCUUUUUAAUCACGUGUCAAGUGAGGUGCGAGAAGGUUCCAUCCGCCUCUUCAAAGAAGUGAUGGAUGCUGUGGUGUGGUGUAAGAAGGGAAACAUGAAGAAGGCCGUGCGCAGGGGCCUGCUCCCUCUGCUCUUUCAGAUGAGCGACGAGACCCCGAGCGUAGCACAGGCAUCUGGGGAAGCCCUCGUGGCGUGUGCCAAGUUCCUGAAGUGGAAGGAGCUCAAGCACCAGGCCCGGGAGGAGAACACAGUGGGGAUCAGGAUGUGUUUGCUGCAGCAGGACAGGAGGAGAGUGGAAGGCUACCUGUGGCAGAGCCUGCCAUACCUGAAGGAUUCUCAGGCCUCCUUGCGAUGCGAGGCUGUCACAUUCCUUGGGCUGGCUGUGCAGCACUCCAGGGAACAAAGUGAGGAAAUGCUGAAUGAAAUCUGCAAUGCCCUUCAGCCUUUGGAAGAUGACGCCCAUCCGGCAGUCCGUUCCCUGGCAGCUGGGACAAUCCAGAUGCUGAGACAUGAAAGGCAGCAGGCGGCAUCAGCACGGAGCAGGCUCGCAGCGCUUUGCUGCUGGCCCUGCAUCGCCAUCUGAAAUGUGUCAAGUGAGGUGCGAGAAGGUUCCAUCCGCCUCUUCAAAGAAGUGAUGGAUGCUGUGGUGUGGCGUGAGAAGGCAAACAUGAAGAAGGCUGUGCGCAGGGGCCUGCUCCCUCUGCUCUUUCAGUUGAGCAGCGACAAAGAAUGAUUCUGCAAAGCUUCUUUGCUGACAUUUAGCUCUUAAAAUAACGACAUUAUUUUUAGUAUCCUACGUUAUUUUAUACAUUUUAUGUUUUGUUAGUUUUGUAUUAAAUUAUAUUUUUACAUUUAAAUAUUUUUGUAAUAAAAUAUAUUUUUAUAUUUAUA